AUGUCAAACCAGUACUACAGCCCCCACCAGCAGCACCCGCAACGCUUCUACCCCGCCGGCGCCCAGCAGCAACCCUCGACCUCGUCCUCGCACCCGGGCGGCCCGAUGAUAGAGCCCCAGUUCACCCCCGCGAUGCGCGACCGCCAGGCGCGCGGCAAGGACCCGUACUCGCCCAGCGACAUGGGCAUGGAGUCGCCGCCCCGGGCCCCCGGCAAGGUGGGCAGCCUCGGCGGCGGCGACGACGGCGACACGUUCGAGGACCGCAGGCAGAAGCUGUUUGCGAUUGAGAUCCUAGACGACCCCGAGAAGCUGGCCAUGUACGCUUGCAGUCGAGGAGAUCUCGAUUGGGUCUCCAUCGACAACAAGAACAUGAAUGUCAUCAGUCACGUUCUAUUAGCAAGCCCGAAGGGUUAA